AAUGAAAAAUUGAGAGAAAACAAAGAAUAAGAGCGGUGUGGAAGGUUAUUGAAGAGAGAGCCGUGAAGCCACUGAAAGAACAGCAGAGAGGGUAAUGGCGACGGAGAUGGAAGAACUCGUCUCCUUUCUAUCUUCACCAUCGCCACAGAUCACAAAAGCCGCCGUUGAUAUAGUUCGUGGAUUAACCGGUUCUGCGGAGGGCUUGCAGUCCCUCGCCAAUUACUCUAAAACCCUUUUCCCCUCGUUGGCUCCGCUCUUAACGGUUCCGAAGGAGGUUUCCGAACCGGCUGCUGAAGCCCUCGUGAAUCUCUCGCAAAAUUCGGGUCUCGCAGAGGAGAUGGUUCGUUUUGGACUGGUCAAAACGACAAUGGACGUGUUGUAUAAGCCGGAGUGUGCAAUUGCUCGCUUGCUUGUCAUGCUUUUGGUGAAUCUCACUCAACUUGAUGUCGGUGUUGCUUCUUUGCUUCAGAUUGAAGAUGAGAAGGUGCGUGGAUUAUAUGUUAUGAAGCUUGUGAGAUCAUUUUGUAGAACCAACCAUGAAACCAAUGAUGAUGCUUUUGAACAUGUCGGGUCAAUACUUGUUAACAUCUCAAAGCAGCUGGAAGGGAGGGAGCUUCUACUUGACCCAAAACGCGGUCUCUUAAAGCAGAUAAUCAGGCAGUUUGAUUCAACCAGUUCGUUGAGAAGGAAAGGGGUCUCUGGAACUAUUCGCAACUGUUGUUUUGAAGCUGAAAAUCAGUUACAACAUUUGCUUUUGGAAUCAGAGUUUCUGUGGCCUGCUUUACUUCUUCCUGUAGCUGGCAACAAGAUCUACAGUGAGCAAGACAGAUCGAAAAUGCCACUUGAACUUGGGACAGCACUCUCAAUUGAACGUGAACCAGUUAAUGAUCCGGAAAUUCGUAUUCAAGCAUUGGAAGCAAUAUACCUAAUCUCAUUGCAGGAAGCAGGUCGAAGAGCGUUUUGGUCUGUAAAUGGACCUAGAAUAGUACAAAUCGGUUAUGAAGAUGAGGAAGAUCCAAAAGUAAUGGAAGCGUACGAGCAAUUGGGAUCCUUGUUGGUUCACAGCAGCAGUACGGAUGAAGCAUCCAUUGAGGCCACAAAGUAGUUACUUUUUAUACGAUCAAUUGACUCCACAAUAUCUCUCCAUAAGAACAGAGUAGUUGUGAAGGCUAUUCCAAGUCAAUUUUCCAUUUUGAGGUUAUAAUUAUCAUUUUAAGAAAUAUGUAAAUUAUCCUGCUCACAAUAGCUGGUCAAAGUUGUUAUUUAUAGACGGCAGAAUCAGUUAAAGACGCGCUCUUGAUGAUGUUAAAGUUCAGUUUGCACCUUCAGAUUCUGCAUUUUGAAUUUUGGAUUCUUUAAUCUAGACUCUAGGCUACACUUUUUUACAAUGGUAAUUAUUGAUGAGAAAAGUUCACCUUCUAUAAUGAUUAAUUUGGAGGAUCUAGAUCUUUUUCUCUUCUUUUUUAUGUAACCAGCUUUGGAUUAUUUUUAAUCAUUCAUUGACACUGAUAAUUUUAU